CGACGACGGAUAGUAGUAACGUCGGGUCUCCUGCUGCCGCCGCCGUAAACCGCGCUCGACUUCGGCGUGUGUUUGAUGAUGCGUGUGCGCGCGCUCUUCUCCGUGACGUAGGACGAGAGAUUCGCUACAGCGGGAGCUUGUGUGUGUUUCUGUGAGUGCUGGAGUUGGCUUUUCUUCUCCGGGAUCUCUGCCGACCGAGUAGUGUGCGAUCCAGGUUGAACCGGACCGGCUUGCCUUCGCCUGUGUGGCGCAGGCUUGCUGCAGACGUGCGAGUGAUACCUUGACGGGGAAGCCUUCUUUCGGAGGAGUCUGUCUGGCAGAAGACGUCGUGGCAAGAGGUGGUGGAUCGUGCCGGAUGACCUCCGGCCGACACCGCAGCGGCGCUGCAAGGAGGCAACCACAGCAGGGCCGUGCAGCAGCCGUGCCGGCGUACUACCAAGAGAAGCGGCGUCCGCUGCCCGUCGUCCCUCGCCGCUGCUGUCAUGGCUCCUUCUUGUCGGGAGCGAGCUCCGUCUGCGAGGCGCUCCGCAGCCGCGGAUCGUCGGGUCGCCGGCGCACCGGCGGCGUCAGCCUAAACUACUAGGACUAAACUCUCGCCGCCUUCCAUCACCGGCGGUCAUUUUGCCGGAGUUCUUCGUGGUUCAUUCAUCCACUUCAUUUGUUACUACCACCGUGGUCGGAUGAGCGACCUCGUGUACACGUGAGCGUGGGACUUCGGUGCUUCAUUCACGCCGGCGUGCGCGUUUUCCGGUCUAUGUUGUGUGGCAUCGGAGGUCCACCGGUCUUGCCGCCGUGCUCGUCACCAUGCUACGCUGCUUCACGCUGCCGGCUUACCGCACUCUCAAGGAAGAGGAUGCCGACGUGCAGGGUCCCGUGCGUGUCGCCGUGGCCGACUGCAUCGACCGCACCAGCGGUGGCCGAACCCUUGGCAAGAAGAGCGCCGCGCUUCAGUCGACCGGCAGCACCAAAUCUCCCAAAUCUGGAGGGCCGCUCGGCCGCAGGAGGGGCGACCAGCAGUCCCAGCAGCAGCAGCAGCAGCAGCAGCAGUCCCACCACCAGCAGCAGCAGCAGCAUCAGUCCCAGCCUCCUCAGCAGCGCUCCUUGCUGAGCGGCGGCGUCGUCUCCGAGGGCGGCGUGGGCGGCGUCCUGCGCAGAGCGAGGACGGGCGCCGGGGCCAGCGGGGCGGCGCAGGGCCCGGGCGCGGGGCCCGCGCCUUCCUUCGUGCGGCACCUCGAGGCCAACCUGCGCCGCAAGGAAGACCCCGCGCUGCUGCACCAGGGAUCCUCCGUGCACGCCGCCGGAGACGACGCGGCGCUGCUCGCCGACGGCGCCGAGCGGUACACGCGCCUGCCUCAGGGGAGCGCAUGCGUGUCGUCGUCGCCGCCGCAGUGCCAGGCACCUCCGACUCCUGCCAGCCCCGCACCUUCUAGCCGGACGUCGUCGUCCAACGGUCCCUCCGCUGUGAUAACCUCGCCCUCGUCUUCUGCCUCGUCGCCGGUGCCCGCGGUCUCGCCGGCGUCGAACCUCGCGGCCCCUUCUCCGCCGCCGCCCCUGCAGCAGCAGCCCGAGGCGAGCCGGAGUCCGGCUCCCCGCGGCCGCACAAGCCGCAUGGCGACCGGCUUGGCGACCCAGCUGGGAAGCGGUCCCAGCAGGGCGCCCCCGCAGCCCCACCCGGCGCCGUCUGGAUUCGUGAGUCGACCUGCCCGGGGCUGGCUGCACACGGACCAGCAGGUGCUCGGACCGGGGGUCACGUACGCCGUCAGGUACAUUGGCUGCCUUGAUGUGAAAAUGUCGAUGAAGUCGCUGGAUUUUGAUACGAGGUCCCUGAUCGCAAAAGAAUGCAUCACGAGGGUCUGUGAAGCAGCAGGGCUGAGACCUGUGGACAAAAAGAGAAAGGUGGAUCGGCGGCUGCAACGGAUGCUGGCUGAUCGGCCAAACUUGGACUAUGCUGGUUCGAACGUCACACUCUGUGUCACUAGCUCUAAUCUGACACUAGCUGUUGUGGAGAGUGGUCAAGUGAUUGCCGACCACAGCAUGCCCAACAUCUCAUUUGCUUCUGCUGGUGACACGGAAACCCUGGACUUUGUGGCAUACGUGGCCAAGGAUGGACAGAACGCACGGGCUUGCUUUGUGCUGGAGUGUUCGGGUGGUGUGUUGGCGCAGGAUGUCAUCUCAACUAUUGGGCAUGCCUUCGAACUUCGCUUUAGGGAGUUCAUGCGCACUGCACCACCACCAGGGCUGCCACCAAAAAGGCCAGAAACUGUGGCACCGUCAAAAGAUGAUCCUGAUUACUACAAUGACCUUCCUGGCAAGAUACCACCUGAGGCACCACCACCACCUGUGCCACCUCUGCCCGACUACCGAACAGAGCCUACAACUGAUAGCAGCAAGGAUCCUUUGAGAGAAGCAUUACCAAAUGCACCAGUGAACCUUCCGCCUCAACCGAAUGCACGCAAGGUGUCCCGCGACACGAACCUCAUUGACUUGAGUGGAGAGGAGCUCCCGCCAGUACCAAUUGUUCAACGCCAUGAAUAUGUCAAUAUGGGUCAGGACACUGGAAUGAGCAAAAACGGCAUCUUGGACCCAUUUGAUAUGCCUCCCGUAGCACCGCCGCCAGGUGGUGUGGCCCAAGAGGAGGCAUGGCACCGUGCCACUCUGGAGCGGGAGGUGUGGUUCCAUGGUGCCAUCAGCCGUAAGGAGGGCGAAUCACGUCUCGCCCACGACGGAGACUUUCUGGUGCGCGAGUCACACAACUCACCGGGGCAGUUUGUGCUUACGGGCAUGCAGAAUGGAGCUCGCCGACACUUGCUUCUCGUGGACCCAGCAGGCGUGGUUCGUACAAAGGAUCGCACUUUCGACAGCGUUAGCCACCUCGUGAACUUUCAUCGGGACAAUGCUCUUCCCAUCAUCUCGGCGGAGAGCGCACUUAUCCUGAAGACUCCUGUGCCAAGGCCUCGCUGAUCGACUUCACUUCGAUAUCCAAAGAAAAGAAAACGGGACGCAAGGCGAACAAGAAACGCUGCAGAAGCAAAUCAACACACUCAGUGCCUUUGUGGACUUCUCGGAGGACUUGUGUUGCUGCUUUUCACGGGACGUUUAGUUGUUUUUUUUUCCCAGCCACUGGAGGUGCAACUUCCUCAGAGACAAGACUUUGACAGUGCGCAACAUUCUGAUGAGUGCGGCCAUCUAGCAUUGGUGGAUCUGCAACGACCGUUGUUUUAACGAGUCAUGGAGUAGGAACUGUGGUACAACGCCAGCUGCUGUCACUGGGACUUGUCAUGCGACAAUCAGUGUGGGAACAGCACUCAAAGAAUAGUCUGCUGCAAUUAGCAGCACUUUCACACAGUCGCAGCAUGAAGCUGGGCACCUUGCUACCUGUUUUAAAAUGGCAGAGCCAGCCUUUUUUACUGCGUUGCCCUUGUUUCAAGUGGGGGCAACGCAUUUCCUCAAGAGUGCCUAGGCUGCUACAUUUCCUCUCCCGAGAACUGUCAGCCCAGUAUUCUACGUUGGUGGCAACAGCCACCACCAUUUGCCGCAGUUUCGUGGAGAGGAAGAGAAACAUAGAGAGGCACGCAAGUGUUCUGUUAGACCUCCAGCGGGACACUGAGGGGCCCAGUACGACAAUGUUUAUACAAGUAUUGCCUGCGUCGCACUAAGUGAGUACGCUACGCUGGCACAGAUGUGGCAUUGUUAAAAUAGCAGUUAUUUUUAGUUGUUUCAAUUCUUCUACAAAGUAUGCCCUGGAGAAUUGAAUCGAACAAAGCAGCACCUACAGUGACCGCUCAAGACCCCGAAGAUUUUUGGCUGGGCAUCAUAGUGCACGCAAGCAGUUUGUUUUGUGUGUAUGUGGCGCAUGUGCAAGGAUGGGAUGGAGGGUCCAUGCGCUCUAGGAAAAGACAGCAGCAGUUUUGUGAGUGGUGCAUUGUCCAGCUCUAGUCACCCGCGUCUGGCUUAGGGCCAUCAAAGUGGAACAAAAUGUCUCUUCUUUCUUUUUUAGGAUUCUCUAAACUUAUUUUUCUUUUUACCUUGCUCCUUUUAGUAAAUCCUCGCAGAGCUCCUCACCAUCCCUGCACAUUUUUCUCGCUUCCCUGCAUCUCCCAAGCAAGCUUCUAAUUUAUAUGCGCUAAUUUCCCUUGCUUGUCUAUGUUGUGAGUUUCAGAGUAGUUUAUAAUGUGUACAUACUUGUAAAGAAAGUAAUUUAUGGUGUUCUGCAAGCAAUCAGCUACGCUGCGCUUUCAAACACGUUUUUUUGAAUAAACAGUAGAGCCAAAGCUGUCUCUUACACCCUUUA